AUGGUUUGCAAAGAGGACGUGGUAUCAUGGUUUAAAGAAUUGGAAAGCUAUAAACGCAUAGACGCAAUGUGUACAUUGUUAAACAUGUGCUUACCAUUCGAACUGCGCUUUAUUGGCACGUAUUUAGAAGAGCUCGGUAAGCGGGACUUUCAGGAGUUGCGUGGUGCCGAACUUAGAGCCAACAAUCCCACAGAUCUGGCUGCGGACAUCGGCGGCGCUAACACAGAUCCAAGAACACGGCGAAAAAUGGCCUUAUAUGUUUCAUUGUUACGUUCCUGUAAUUUUGCUUGUGCCACCACAUUGUAUAAUGCUAUGGUCAGUUUAGAGCAGAGUGGCUUAAUAAAGGGUUUGUAUGGCGAUCUUUUGGAGGAAAUUUUAUUAUUAUAUACCAUGGCAUUACAUCAUCCUGCCUUUACUUUCGACCAGAAAUCACAUUUUGGUGAGAUAUUAGAUAAAUUGAAGCUUGAAGAUCAUCGGACACACUACCAAGAACAGCAAGAUCAUAUUAACGUACCACCUGUGAGUGGAUGUCAUAAUCAAUCAAGUAUCACACCUAAUAUGUCAGUUCCACCACCUAAUUUGUCUAGCUUGGGGCCACCACCUGGUAUCAUGUUUGUUAAAACGCCUGGGGUACAGCCUACAAGUACAGAUACUGUUGGCGACCUCAGCUCCCCUCCAGUAUUGAGUGGGACUGGUGCUGUAGUACCAAUGCUUGGGGAAGUGCCUCACCCACCACCUGGCUUGCCACUGCCACAAUACAACAUGGGAGAAUUUAUGGGACAACAUACAUGGCCAGCUAAUAUUAUUGUUUCACCACUCAGCCAACCUAUGGAGGUCAUCAAUUAUCCAACUGGUGUAGGAGCGCCACAAUCGCCACUAGUAUCUUCUCCAGGUGGUAGUAGAGCAGGAUCACCGAGAGCUCGUCGGCGACUUUCACGAGAACGCUCACCACCCUUACCACCACUUCCAACGAGUGUCUCUGAGCAAUCACCUUUGCAACACCUCACCACCAACUUUGAAAAUCUAACAGUAGCAGAGAUACGGCAUAAUAUCGGAGAAGAGAGGUUACGAGAAAUAAGUGCCGUUCAUCAACAAUACCGGUCAUUAGAAAAGUUGAAUGGUGUAAGAAGACGAGCAGGUGCCUACAUCCCCCCCACGCGCUCGUCUUCCGACAGCGGGUCGAGCGCGGCGUCGUCGCCGCCGGGCACGCCCGCGCCGCCGCCGCGCAGAGCCACGCCUUCGGCUCCCUCUGCCCCUUCAGUACCCAAUGCGCCUCCACCUGUCCCCUUUUUACCAUACCCCCGACCAUACGCCUAUCCCACUCCCCCACCAGCCUACCGACCGCCACCGCAGCCAUACGCGAAUGGUGAACCUCCGCCUUACCCCACCCCAGCUCCGUAUGCUGGUUUUGUUCCCGUUUUAUAUGCUCCCCCUAAAUUAUCAUGUUGGAACUGUGGUGGAGCAGGUCACGCCGGUCACGAGUGCAAGGAGCCUAGCAUGGAGGAGAUGACUCGAGCGGGUGGAUACCAAUUGGAUUUCGGAGGAGCUCCCCCAGAAUCGACGGAAAAGUAG